AUGGCCCCCGAGAUGGACCAGUUCUACAGGUCCACCAUCGCCAUCUACAAGAGCAUCAUGGAGCAGUUUAACCCUGCCCUGGAGAACCUGGUGUACCUGGGGAACAACUACCUGAGGGCCUUCCACGCUCUGUCCGAGGCAGCCGAGGUGUACUUCAGUGCUAUCCAGAAGAUCGGGGAGCAGGCCCUACAGAGCUCCACCUCGCAGAUCUUGGGUGAGAUCCUAGUGCAGAUGUCUGACACCCAGCGGCACCUGAACUCUGACCUGGAAGUAGUGGUGCAGACCUUCCACGGAGACCUGCUGCAGCACAUGGAGAAGAACACCAAGCUGGACAUGCAGUUCAUCAAAGACAGCCGCCAGCACUAUGAGAUUGAGUACCGCCACCGAGCUGCCAACCUAGAAAAGUGCAUGUCUGAGCUGUGGCGCAUGGAGCGUAAGAGGGACAAGAACGCGCGGGAGAUGAAGGAGAGCGUGAACCGGCUGCAUGCACAAAUGCAGGCCUUCGUGUCGGAGAGUCAACGGGCAGCGGAGCUGGAAGAGAAGCGGCGCUAUCGCUUCCUGGCCGAGAAGCACCUGCUGCUUUCCAACACCUUCCUGCACUUCUUCUGCAGGGUGAGCGCAGCCAGGGCACGGGAAGUGGAGCUCUCCUGGGGCUGUGCCUCUGUGGCCGCGCUCUACGCGCCCCACGGUCCGCCCUUCCGCCCUGGCGCGGUCUCCGCGCCCCCGUGGUGGCUCGGCCGCAGAGCCCAGAACCCCUACGCCGACCCCCAGAGGCCCCUGGGAGAAUUCAGCUCCCCCCGCAGCCGGCACGGCUCGGGCACCUACGGCCCCGAGCCCGCGGAGGCCAGGUCCGCGUCCCAGCUGGAGCCUGAGCGCCGCUCCCUGCCCCGGACGCCAUCUGCCUCCUCGCUCUACACCAGCAGCACCCAGCGCUCGCGCUCCAACUCCUUCGGCGAGCGCCCAGGCAGCGGAGGCAGUGGGGGCAGUGGCAGCGGGGGUACCCGGAGAGUCCGCGCCCUGGUCUCCCACUCAGAGGGCGCCAACCACACGCUGCUGCGCUUCUCGGCUGGAGACGUCGUUGAGGUGCUAGUAUCCCAGGCCCAGAACGGCUGGCUCUACGGCAAGCUGGAGGGCUCAUCCUCGAGCGGCUGGUUCCCUGAGGCCUAUGUCAAGCCUGUGGAGGAAGUCCCCAUGAAUCCCAUGACCUCCAUGAACCCUAUGAAGGAGCUACCUUCCAGGUCCUACCCACUCCGGGGAAGCCACAGCCUUGAUGACCUCCUGGACCGGCCAGGCAACUCCACUGCCCCCUCGGAGUACUGGGACGGCCAGUCCCGUCCCCACACCGCGAGCCGGGUCCCAAGCCGCGCCCCCAGCCCUGCACCCACACCCCUGCCUGGCAGCCGCCGAAGCAGCAUGGGCAGCAUGGGGGUGGCCAGUGACGUUAAGAGACUGAUGGCCUGGGAACAGCGACCCCCUGAACUCUUUCCUCGGGGCACGAAUCCUUUUGCCACCGUGAAGCUGCGUCCCACCGUCACCAAUGACCGCUCAGCGCCCCUCAUCCGCUGA